CCUGCUACAGUCUGCAUCGUCAACACUGUCUCAGGAGUUCCAGAGAGUCGUCAGUAGUCUUGAAGAUGGCGAGUGUAUCCCCUAAGAUCCUGGUGGUGGUGGUGGCUCUUCUGGGUGGGGCCACCAGCGCUGCUAAGCUGCGAAGCAACGACCGCUUCUCCAGUUUCUCCAGAAAUCUUGCUGAUUCGAGUUACACCAUUCGAGGUGUCCCUGGGAAGGACUACCCCAUCCUGGCGUCUGUCCCAUUCACGGUGUUUAGGUGUAAGCGUCGUGUCCCAGGCUACUAUGCUGACACUGCCCCCGUCGCUGGCUGUCAGGUGUUCCACAUCUGCCAAGAAGGAGGCCAGAGAGACUCCUUCCUGUGUCCCAACGGCACCAUCUUCAACCAGCAGUACUUCGUGUGUGACAACUGGGACAACGUCGACUGUGCUAAGUCCCGGAGGUUCUACAGCCUUAACGAAGAACUGGGCAAAAUCAAGCUGAGUGAAAACAACGGUGGAUCAGUCUCUUCGAUCCUGUCAGGCGGCCUCGGUGGUUCAGCCAACAGCGGGGGUACUUUUGGCAGUUCUUCGGCUUUCAGUGGAGGCCCAAGAACCAGGACUGAGGAGAACUUAAUUAGAUUUACUCUUCCUUUGGCAUCUCAAGGCACCUUUGGUACUUUCCCCAACGGUAACAAUUUUGGAAGUUCCCCGGUCUUCGGUGGAGCCCCAGGAAGCCAGGCUGGUGGAGAUAAUGGCUUCGCCUCUCCUUCGGUACUCCAGGACAUCAUUCUUGCCCCAGGGAGCGACGUUCAAGGCAGUGCAACCACUAGCGACUUCAGCAGCAGGGGAGCUGGUGGGGUUGACGGGCAGGGGGCGGGCGUCAAGGGGCCAGGCGGCUACAACCUCCAGCCUCCCACUCAGCUCUACCACACUCCCGCCAAAUAGAUUGUUUUUUGGUGUCAAGAAAGUGAAUUAAGUAGUGUCACACACACACACACGGUUAUUUUGCAAAAUGAUCGGCAAACACGUUGAUAAUUUUGCAAAAUAACUUGCAAACAGGCUAACCUAACCUAAUCAAUUUACAAGUUAUUUUGCAAAAUUACCAACAUGCUUGACGACCACAUUGCAAAAUAAACAAUUUCUAAAAAAAAAAAAAAAA